AUGGAUCAAUAUUGGGAUUGCGAGAAUUGGAGUCCCUCAAUCAAAUUCGACCUGUUAUGGACGAGGCCAUCCCGCGAGGAGGUUGAAGAAUACAGGGCAGAGCUCAUUAAGAUAACAAAAAUGAUCAAACUUCUCCCUUACAUGGUGAGAUUGUGGAGAGUGCGGUCUAAUGUAUUGAUGUUGCUUGGGUUCCCUGAGCUUGCCGCCGCCGACGCUCACAAGGGCAUGAUGUUGACCAAAGACGCGUUUGACUACGAGUCUGAACUGGGAGAGAGAGCGCGUCUUUGCAUGAGCCUGGAGCUACUGAGGUGUUCUCAGACUAAUGCCCAUAUGCACCAGGAGGGUGGCCUACACUGUGAAAUUACAACGGCGGAUACAGCUGAGGAGCUCCAAAAUUGUAUUGAGCAGAGUUUGAUGUUUGAACGGGAGAAGCUUUUGAAAAGCUUUGAUAUGAUGAUAAAGGCAUUGUAUGCUCUGCAAUCUUUCGCCGACCUUUUCACGACCUGUCAGGAGGCUAUCAAAUUGUAUCCCAGUAACGAUAUCUUCCGCCAAACACUCGAUGACAGUCUGAGCCUAUUCCAAGAACUCGUCGAGAUGUUGAAGGGCCAGGAUACCCCGUGGGUGGAGAUAAAAUGGGUUUCCAGAGUUGGAGCGAUACAUUUGAAUAACUACCCGUGGCUCACCGAAGAAUACAGCAACACCCGGACACAAGCUGUAAUCGACGAGGCAAACGUACAGCUCGAAACUCUAUCAGACUGCCUACAGAUCCAGCCGUCGACAUUACCUUGGUCCACAUUACAAAACAACACUACCCUCAGCUAUGGAAUGUUCGCGACGAAAGAUGUCCAAACUGGUCAUAUAAUCUUGAAUGCUGCGCAUUCUUACGGCGUAUCCUUAGAGCAAUCAACAACACAGUGCUAUAAUUGCUACAAAUCACUUAUCUCCCGGGAAGAGAUCUACAGCAAGGAAUGCUGUCCCGAGAAGAGGUACUGCAGCUUGAUAUGCCAACAAGUCGCAGAAACUUCUUACCAUAGGAUACUUUGUGGGAAGAACUUUGAAGGAAUCGUCGACCGCGCACAGAGGGCGUGGGGAGGUAAUCGAGAAGAGCCACACCUGAGCCCACUGAUCGGCUGGGAUGACAGAGUCACCUGCGGAUACCCUGAUGAACACUUCGAAGCAGGAUUAAAUGAGUAUAUUACACUACUGUUGGCCAGGGUAUUGGCAGUAUGUGUCCAAGCUGGCGGCCAUCCACUCUUGCAUCCAGAUGUUGCUCAGUGGAUGCCAUUUAACAAGACGGAUUUUUCGCAUGGCUGGACACUAAAUAGCAUGGUGGUGGGACCCACUGAAGCAUUACAGAUACUUGGCAUCGACGUCUUCGCCGAUGAGCGGUUCGACUCUUGGGUCAUCAAUACCAUGAUGGCCCGUAUCAUAAAUAACAUGGUACCGGCAGGAGGUCCGGUACCUGGCGGAUCAGUCUUGCCAUGGCUCAGCUGGUUCAACCAUAGCCGUGUAUACAACUCGGUAGUGGUCAGAGAGGGAGUGAACAUUGGCGCCACGAUAAAGAUUGAAUCGACAACGAAUAUCAAUAAGGGUGAUGAAGUCUUUAUUGAUACAUCGCCCCUGGAUGUGGAAGAGGAGCAGGCCAGAGAGGGAGAGGCCAUUGGCGCCACGACGAAUAUUGAAUCGACCACGGAUAUCAAUAAGGAUGAUGAAGUCUUUGUUGAUAUAUCGCCCCUGGAUUUCAAAGAGAAGCAAGGCGAGUCGGGCUGA